UAAGUUUGUGACUUUUGAUAAAACAUUAAGGGUUAUUUUUGUGACUUUUGACCUUGAGUGCUAGUUUGGGAACAAAAACUUGAUUUAGUGCUAUUUUUGUCUUUUUCUCUUACGUGAUUUUGAUUCUGUAUAAAACGUUACACAAUCAAAAUAUAUAAAAAAGAGUAAAUAAAACAAAUAGAAUUUUGUUUUUGUCUCCUAUACAUAAGUAGCGUUGACGUAUGUAUCUAAGAAUAAAAUACAUGUGCACGUAAACGUAAUCCUUGACAAGUUUGUCAACGAUAACUUGGACGUUGCAGUUAACAUCACCUUGCACAAUAAUUUUUCUAACCAUAGAAAAAACGAUGGGCCGAGAUUCGUAAAGGCCCAACAUAAUAAAGUUGGGCUUAUUGAGGGGAAGUCAGUUAACGGAAUUAACUAGAUCUCCGUUUGUGAACAUUUGAAAUUUAAAACUAGUUCUCCUUUCUCCUCCAACGGCUCCUUUCUCAAUCCCUAACUCUGUUUCCUCUCUCUUCUCCUCUCUCUGUCCCUCUCUCUCUCUAAGAUCUCCGAAAAAUCUGAGUCAAUCGAUUGUUUGAAGAUUCUGUAUAUCGAAUCAGGUGGUUACAGUGAAAGUGUUAUUAGCUUAAACGAUGGAGAAGGUGUACGAAGAGCUAGAUGAAGUCAAAGCCGCGAAUGAGAAGCUCAGAGCCAAAACGGAGCUUCUUGAGAACCUGAAGAAGGCUCAGAACAAGCAGUUGAUAGAGAUUCAAGAGGCGAGAUCUGUGAUCGAGAAGCAAGGUUUUGAAUCAGAGGAGAAAGCCAGAGAAAUCUCUGAGCUGAAGGGAACGAACGACGAUCUGCAACGUUGUUUGAGGGAGAAGGAUUCGGUCCUCAAGCGUUUGAAUGAAGCUAACGAUAAGCUUAGAGCUGAUGGGGAAGAGAAGCACCGCGGAUUUGAAGAUGAGAGGAGGAAGUUGGUGUUGGCGUUGGAUGAAGCAGGUGAGAAGAACAUUGACUUGGAGCAGAAGAGCAAUGUCUAUAGAGCUGAGAUUGAGGGACUCAAGGGGACUUUAGCGGUGGCGGAGAAGAAGAAGAUUGAAGCCGAGAAAACCGUCAGAGCUUUGAAAGAAGCGAGAGGGAGAGAUGACGUGGCGGUUAAAUUGGAGGAGGAGAAGACUCAGGUGGAAGAGAAGCUGAAAUGGAAGAAGGAGCAGUUCAAGCAUCUCGAGGAAGCUUACGAGAAGCUCAACAACACGUUCAAAUCUCGCAAGAAAGAGUGGGAGGAAGAAAGAUCGACGAUUCUAGACGAAAUCUACUCUCUUCAGACCAAGCUGGAUUCGCAAAUUAGAAUCUCGGAAGAUCUCGAGAAGAAGCUGCAGAUGUGCAACAGCGUGCUGACGCAAGAAGAGACGAGAAGAAAGCAUCUCGAGGUCCAGGUUUCUGAGUUAAAGUCUAGAUACGAAGACGCCUUUGCGGGGUGCCGAGACGCGAGGACGCAGCUCGAUGAGUUGGUUGGUAAAAGAGAUGAGGAAGUCGCGGAGCUGAGACACUCCUUGAGCACCAAAGAGGCGUAUUUCAAGGAGAUGAAGUACGAGAACGGGAAGCUUGAGCUGGAGAACCGCGAGCUGCUGGCUUCGUUGAGAGAACUGCAAGAAGCUACGAUUCAGGGAUCGGGAAGCUCUGCGCUAUCAAAGCUGAAAAGCAAGUUUCGGAACUUGGAGAACACGCACAAGAACUGCUCAGCUAAUCUAAGGAGUAAAGAGUCUGAGUGGAGGUCUCAGCUGGAGAAGGUGGCUGAAGAGAUGAAUGAUUAUAAGUCCCAGCUGGGAAGUAAGGAAGCGGCAGUGAAUGAGCUUGAGUUGGAGCUUGAAAACUUUCAUUCCUCGGCAGAUAAAAUGAGGCUGCAGUAUGAAGAGAUCUCAGUUAUGUUCUUAGUGUUGAGUAGAACAGUGUCUGAGGCUCAGUCAAGGCUUGUGAAUGUCACAGAUGAACAAACCAAAGACGAGAGAAGUAAAGAAAAAAGGUGUUCUAUACUGAUUGAGGAGCUAGAGCAAAAGAGUGUUGCGCUGGCCAGGGCGCACGAAGAGACUGAAGCAGAACGCGAAAGGGUGGCGUGCUUGCUGAAAAGAGUUGAAACGCUGGAUCAUUUUGAAGAAGAGAAUCUUCAUAUGCAGAAGGAGGUGGAGAGGUACAAACAAACAGUUGAGGAGUCAUCUAAAUUCCAGGCUCAGAUGAAAGAAAAACUGAAAGAGGCUGAGAUUGACUUCGAAGAGAAGCUUCUACAAGUCUGCGACGCACUUGACAACACAAACUCGGACCUCGUUGCAGAACGUGAGAAAGUGGUGGGUUUAACAAGGCAGAUUGAGUCCUUUGGUGUUAUCAAAGAGAAGAAUCUAGUGAUGGAAAAGGAACUUCAGAAGCAUAAGGAGAUGCUGGAGGAAUCAGAAAAGCGUCGAGUGGUUUUAGAGGAGCUUGAAAGGGAUUCCAAGGAGAAUAUUAGAGAGCUCUGCAGCAAGGUUGACACUGCAUAUGCGAAGUUGGCAGAAGAGGUUGAGAAGAAUGUCUCAUUGAUAAGAAAAAUUGAGUCCAUUGAUCAAAACGAAGAGCAGAGACAAAGGGAGCUUGAAAGUUACAAGGAGAGGCUUGAGAAGGCGACUAAAAGUCAAAUUCUGUUACAAGAGAAAGUUGUAGAGGUGGAAAGGCACUCGAAAAGGAAACUUGCUGAAGUUUCUGAGGCCUUAGAAGCAGCGAACUGUGAACUGUCUGAUAAAACCUCUGAAGCGUACCAGCUUGAGUUCCAGUUAUGGGUCUGGAAAUCCAUUGCUAAGAGGUUGAAAGUGGAGCUCGAGCAAGACCAGAACCUGCGCAAAAGAGUGGAAGCUUCUCUUCUUGAACAGGUUACACUUGGAGAUGCCAUGAUGCAAGAAAGAAAUGAGCUGGUGAAUAAACUAAAGGCAGCUGCUAUGUCUGAUUCAGAGAAAGAAAUCCUAAUAAAGAUUAUGAGGGAGAAGGACAAGAACUUGGAAGAAGUCCAGAGAGAGGUAGAGCUGUCCCAACAAGAAUCACUUACAAGGGAGCUUGAGGGUGCUGUUUUUGCGCAUAUAACUGUAGAGAGGGUGUUGCAGAACGAGAGAGAUGAAUUGGAAACUUCAUUAAAGUCUGUGUCUUUGCUUCUGGAACAGAAGCAAAACGAGGCUACUAUGGUUUACAAAGCAUGGGAGAAACUAGCUGCUGAUAAGAUUCUUACCGAGGUAGAAACCGAGGCGAAGAAGCUGAUGAUAAUAGAGCUAGAUGAGGACAUCUCUAGUAUUAGCCAGAAGCUAGAAAGAUCCGAUGAGUAUGUUUCUUGUUUCAGAGCAGAAGUGGAGUCUAAGCAGGGAGAAUUGAAAGAAGUAACCACACAGUUGCAGGAAAGGCUAAGAACUUUAGAAGCGGACAAGACAGAGUUAGAUAAACAAGUGGCAAGUUUGUCAUCAGAGAGACAAGAACUUCUCUGUUUUAUCAGCGAACUGGAGAAUGGAAUGUCGAAGCAGUGUGAUGAAGACACGAAGCUGAUGAAAGCUUUGGACAAAACAGCCCAACGUUGUGAUGGAUUUGGUAAAGAGAACAACAGUAUUGGUUCUCCAAGAUUGGUAAUGAAGCAUGAAGAUGUUGCGGUUGAAGAUAGGUCACCAUUUAGACAACUUAACCAUUAGACUUAUAGUUUGAUUCCAUUCCACAAAGACACAAUGUUUUUAGUUGUUUUAUCCUCGGUAAAACUUGUUUGUUAUGUUGUUUGAUGAUUCUCUGAUGAAACCCUCUUUCUUUAACAGAGGCAUUUCUCAUUGUAUAAAAAAAACAAACGUACAAUGGUAUGUUUAUUAAUCA